AUCCAGAUUCUGCUUCAACUCCAAGUGUAGAAAAAGUCCAUCCAAAGAAAAAUCCUUAAUUCAAAAGUUGUGAAAGUCAUUUCGACAUGCUCCCUUAACCGACCAUGGAAAGUUCAAUAAAGUUCUUUGGGGUGCUUUGCAGUCUGGAUCAAAAUAUGAAACAAAGAAAAAAAAAAACUCAGUUGACUGAACAUCCAUUUUGAGUGUCGCCAUUUUGUUAGCUUCGUUGCAUAAAAACAGUCAAAUUUUUGAUAAUUAGACUAAUCUGGAACUUAAUUUAGGGCCAACGAUGCGCCAGUCGACAAAUUAAGAAUUUGUGGACUACUAAAAAACCCACGAGGUACAUGUUUUACAGACCAAAUGUGAAUAUCUGGAGCAGCUCACAUUCACACUACACAAACAAGUGUUAACUAGCUAGUUUAUGAAUGCGGAUCAGCUCCGUUUUGAAGCGGCCCACGAGGGUGAACAUGUUAGCUAGCUAGUUAACGUUCACUCCCAGAAACGUGGGACAUGACCAGUAAAAUUCAAUAGUGCUAGCUAGUAACUGUUUGACCUGAAGCGGGGAAAUGCAAUGUAGACCAUGGGCCCACAAACACGACGUUGUACGUCAUUAAAGGAAUACACGUUUCCGAACAGUGGUUUCUUCUUUGAGUUGUGCCCUAUAGCGCACUUCCCAUUGAUAAAUCCACGUCCAUCAGCAACUUUGUGAACUACCUGGCAUGGGUGGCGAUAUUUUCCCCGAUUCGAGGAUGUGACGUUAAAUGUGUCGGAACUCUCAGGAAAUGUUUUGUGUCUUCAUUUUAAAAUCCAAGGUACACGGGAGAUGAAGGUUAAAAUCAAGCAGUGGAACGGCGUGGCAUCCUGGCUGUGGAUGGCCAAUGAUGAGAACUGUGGGAUCUGCAGAAUGUCUUUUAAUGGCUGCUGCCCAGAUUGUAAGGUUCCUGGAGAUGACUGCCCAUUGGUCUGGGGUCAGUGCUCCCACUGCUUCCACAUGCACUGCAUCCUCAAAUGGCUCAACUCCCAGCAGGUCCAGCAGCAGUGCCCCAUGUGUCGCCAGGAGUGGAAGUUCAAAGAAUGAGCUCAUCCGGAGAACGUCACUUGAAUGCCUUUCAAAGACUGACGUGUCACAGAGGAUUGUAGUGUUUCGGAAUACAUAUGCUUCUGUUUCUUGUUGUACAUUUCCAGCUACUUUUCUGAGGCUGUCAAAGUUUGUAUUCUGUGGAGGGGUGUGUGAAUAACAAUGAAUGUGAAUAAAUAUGUGAUUAGGAUUUAAGCUUGA